UUAUUUAUGCUUGAAGAGUUUUGUAGUUGAUGUGUGAGACAUUAACUUAACAGCUGGUUGGUUAUUAUGGCAGUGAUGAAAUUAACAGCUGGUUCAUAUUUGUUGAUGAUGACGACGAUGACAUGCUUCGCAUCUGUUUUCCUUCUGUUUGUUUUGGGGGUCAGGGUGGCUGAGUGUAAAGAGUGGACGGACGAGGAGCUGCGUAAACUUGAAAAACAGUGGGCAGUACAAGACGGUGAAGAGGAUGAAGAAACAGAGAGGAUCCGGUUAAUGGAGGAGAAACGAGCCAAAAAGCCGCAGUUGGACCUAAGUAAAAUCUCAUCCAUGAAGCCAGAGGACAUUCUGGCUGCCACCAAAGCAGGACAGCCCCUUAUGAUGUUCGCCCAGGUAGACAAAAAGCUGAGUGAGAAAGAAGCCGAUGCAAUUUCUGACGUGUGGCACACUGGAAUCAAAAACGGCGGAAUUGGCGUGCAGAGAUUCAGUGUAGGCGACAACAGAUUCAUAUUCAUGUUUGAAGACGGCGCUGAAGCAUUCAAAGCCAAGUCGUUCAUAAUUGACCAACCCGAGUGUCUUUCAGUUGAAAUUGAAAAUCAGAAGACAAUUGGAAGAGCGCACCCUGAUUAUGGAAAAAAGGAUAAGACAAAAACGGAAUUGUGACGGAUUAUUUAACCCAAAUGUGCUGUUUGAUCCAAAAAGUUGUGCUUUUAUGCCUUCGAAUUUUUGGUUUUACUUUCUAUUUUAUAAUCUUUUUCAAUGUAUUGUAGUUUAAAUUCUGCGAAAAGUUAUGGAAGCUGAAACCGAUUAAAGUAGCAAUACAAUAAAAUGGGUAUAGCUUGCACAGCAGCGCGGAUAUAAAUUACUUUUCACUGAACUCGAGGUAUGAGAAGGAUUUUUGGACUACAGAUACUCUCACGGUUUUCGAGCACCGCGAAGAUAUUUCCAUCUUGUGCAGGCAUGGUGCAUGCUUCGUUUGGACAUGGACAUGUCUGAAUCAGGACUGAGGCAGAUAUGGAUUCUAUCACAAAUGUCAUUUCUUCUAGGUUUCGCGAAACCAAAGUGUCUAGGCUCUUGUACAUAACGGUUGAAUCAGUAGCUAAUU